AUGGGGUUUAAAAUGUUUGUUCGAUCUGGCUCAAGUGGAAUCAUCUAUGAUUUUUUUUUGUAUUGUGGCGCAAAAAGCAGCGGAAGAGAAGAUUGUUCUGCAGAGAAUGUUGUUUUAAGAUUGACUGAACGAAUACCAAAAAAUUUAAACUUUAAGUUGUGUCUUGACAACUGGUUCUGUACUCUUUCUCUUUGUCUCAAACUAAAAGAAAUAGGCAUACUGACAACAGCAACUAUUCGUACAAAUCGAAUAGCAAAGUGUCCACUGCUUUCUGAGAAAGAUUUAAAAAAACAAGGUCGGGGGUCUUUUUCAUAUAAGGUUGAUGCAAACUCUGGUCUGUUGCUUCUAAGAUGGUUUGAUAACAAAUGUGUUCAUAUGACCUCAACAUAUUGUUCAGCUAAUACAUCUGGUAAUGUUAAACGAUGGGAUCAAAAAAAUAGGAAACAUAUUCAAGUACCUUGCCCGCAAGUAGUAAAAGAAUACAAUACUGGAAUGGGUGGUGUAGACUUGUCUGACAUGCUUAUUAGCUUAUAUCGAAUACCCAUGAAAACAAAAAGAUGGUACUUACGUGUGCUUGUUCAUUGCAUGGAUAUAUGUAAGAUAAAUGCUUGGCUGCUGUAUAGAAGACAUGGUAACCAGUUGAAUAUUUCUCAGCGUAGCCAACUUAACCUCCUUCAAUUUAGCAGUCAAAUUGCUAACGCUAUAAUAAUGAAAAGUAAACGAGUUGACAGACCUAUUGGCCGACCGAUAAAAAAAUUAUCAACUAAUUCUGAUUUAACCGAAACACGAGGUCGCAAAGUUCAGGUACCAACACCCCAAAAUGAUAUACGAUAUGAUGAGUUUGGACACUGGCCAAAUCCUUAA